AUGACACGAACAUCAUCAAAAAAAGCAAAGACUACUCAAAUGGAAUUGAAAAAACUCAAAUCAUUAUUACCAUCAUUACAACAAAAGUCUUCAUCGUCACCGAUGGAAAUCGUUAUGGAAACUAUUCGUUACAUUCGACAACUCGAAGAUCAAUUAAUCGAUCGAUUUCAAUUGGAUCUAUCCUCGUCACAAUCAUCAUUCUCCGAUGUCUCAAUGAAUUCAUCUUUAUCAUCAUCGAUUCCAUUGCAAGAUAUCGGAAAUAGUAACUGA